CGUGCGGCCGCGGGGGGCGGCGCUGCGCUGCGCCGUGCUGCGCUCCUGCCCGGACCGGGCCGGGGCCGCUGGAUGCCGCGUCUUCGCUCUUGCUGCCUGCCGGGCGGGCUCCGGCGGCCGCGGCAAGGUGGGGCACGAAGGCCCUGUGCUGAGCACCCGUAGUCCUCUGGGGUGCCACCCCUAAAAAUAGCACCCCACCAUGUUUAACCUAAUGAAGAAAGACAAGGACAAGGAUGGCACGCGGAAGGAGAAGAAGGAGAAAAAGGAGAAGAAGGAGCGGAUGUCAGCGGCGGAGCUGCGGAGCCUGGAAGAGAUGAGCCUGAGGCGUGGCUUCUUCAACCUGAACCGCUCCUCCAAGCGUGACUCGAAGACACGCUUGGAAAUCUCCAACCCCAUCCCCAUCAAGGUGGCCAGCAGCUCCGACCUGCACCUGACUGACAUCGACUCCGACAGCAACAGGGGCAGUGUCAUCCUGGACUCGGGCCACCUGAGCACAGCCAGCUCCAGCGAUGACCUCAAGGGUGAGGAAGGCAGCUUACGGGGCUCGGUGCUGCAGCGGGCAGCCAAGUUCGGCUCCCUGGCCAAGCAGAACUCACAGAUGAUUGUCAAGCGCUUCUCCUUCUCCCAGCGCAGCCGGGAUGAGAGCGCCUCAGAAACGUCCACCCCCUCAGAGCACUCUGCCGCCCCGUCUCCUCAGGUGGAGGUGAGGACCCUAGAGGGACAGCUGAUGCAGCACCCCGGCCCAGGCAUCCCUCGACCAGGACCUCGGUCCCGAGCCCCUGAGCUGGUGACUAAAAGGUUCCCGGCUGACCUGCGCUUGCCCCCCGUGGUGCCCCCGCUACCCCCUGCCCUCCGGGAACUGGAACUGCAGCGACGGCCCACGGGGGACUUUGGCUUCUCCCUGCGACGCACAACCAUGCUGGAUCGGGGCCCUGAGGGCCAGGUCUAUCGGCGGGUGGUUCACUUUGCUGAGCCCGGCGCGGGCACCAAGGACCUGGCCCUGGGGCUGGUGCCGGGUGAUCGUCUGGUGGAGAUUAAUGGGCACAACGUGGAGAGCAAGUCCAGGGAUGAGAUUGUGGAGAUGAUCCGGCAGUCUGGGGACGGCGUGCAGCUCAAGGUGCAGCCCAUCCCGGAGCUCAGCGAGCUGAGUCGGAGCUGGCUGCGGAGCAGCGAGGGACCCCGCAGGGAGCCAGCCCAUCUGGACCCUGAGGCCGCUUCUCCUGCCCACAGCCAGGUGAAGACAGAAGAGCAGAUCGCAGCUGAGGAGGCCUGGUAUGAGACAGAGAAGGUGUGGCUGGUCCAUAAGGAUGGCUUCUCACUGGCCACUCAGCUCAAAUCCGAGGAGCUCAGCUUGCCCGAGGGGAAGGUGCGCGUGAAGCUAGACCAUGAUGGAGCCAUCCUGGAUGUGGACGAGGAUGACGUGGAGAAGGCUAAUGCUCCCUCCUGCGACCGUCUGGAGGAUCUGGCCUCGCUGGUGUACCUCAAUGAGUCCAGCGUCCUGCACACGCUGCGCCAGCGCUAUGGCGCCAGCCUGCUGCACACGUACGCCGGCCCCAGCCUGCUGGUCCUCAGCCCCCGGGGGGCCCCCGCUGUGUACUCGGAGAAGGUGAUGCACAUGUUCAAGGGGUGUCGGCGGGAGGACAUGGCCCCCCACAUCUAUGCCGUGGCUCAGAACGCAUACAGGGCGAUGGUGAUGAGCCGUCAGGACCAGUCCAUCGUCCUCCUGGGCAGUAGUGGCAGUGGCAAGACCACCAGCUGCCAGCAUCUGGUGCAAUAUUUGGCCACCAUCGCAGGCACCAGCGGGAAUAAGGUGUUUUCUGUGGACAAGUGGCAGGCUCUGUACACCCUCCUGGAAGCCUUUGGGAACAGCCCCACCAUCAUGAACGGCAACGCCACCCGCUUCUCCCAGAUCCUCUCCCUGGACUUUGACCAAGCCGGCCAGGUGGCCUCAGCCUCCAUUCAGACGAUGCUUCUGGAGAAGCUGCGUGUGGCACGACGCCCAGCCGGUGAGGCCACAUUCAAUAUCUUCUACUACCUGCUGGCCUGUGGGGAUGGCACCCUCAGGACAGAGCUCCACUUGAACCACUUGGCAGAGAACAAUGUGUUUGGGAUUGUACCACUGGCCAAGCCUGAGGAGAAGCAGAAGGCGGCUCAGCAGUUCAGCAAGCUCCAGACGGCCAUGAAGGUGCUGGGCAUCUCCCCCGACGAACAGAAAGCCUGCUGGCUCAUCCUGGCUGCCAUCUACCACCUGGGGGCUGCAGGCGCCACCAAAGAGGCCCCCGAGGAGCAAGCGGAAGCUGCCGAAGCUGGGCGCAGGCAGUUUGCCCGCCACGAGUGGGCCCAGAAGGCCGCGUACCUGCUGGGCUGCAGCCUGGAAGAGCUCUCCUCGGCCAUCUUCAAGCACCAGCACCAGGGCGGCACCCUGCAGCGCUCCACCUCCUUCCGCCAGGGCCCCGAGGAGAGCAGCCUGGGAGACGGCACAGGCCCCAAACUGAGUGCACUGGAGUGCUUGGAGGGCAUGGCGUCCGGCCUCUACAGCGAGCUCUUCACGCUUCUCAUCUCCCUGGUGAACAGGGCUCUCAAGUCCAGCCAGCACUCACUCUGCUCUAUGAUGAUUGUGGACACUCCCGGCUUCCAGAACCCUGAGCAGGGUGGGUCGGCCCGCGGGGCCUCCUUUGAGGAGCUGUGCCACAACUACACCCAGGACCGGCUGCAGAGGCUCUUCCACGAGCGCACCUUUGUGCAGGAGUUGGAAAGAUACAAGGAGGAGAACAUCGAGCUGGCGUUUGAUGACUUGGAGCCAGCCACAGGUGACUCUGUGGCCGCCGUGGACCAGGCCUCCCAUCAGUCCCUGGUUCGCUCGCUGGCCCACACGGAUGAGGCGAAGGGCCUGCUAUGGUUGUUGGAAGAGGAGGUGCUGGUGCCAGGGGCCACUGAGGACGCCCUCCUGGAGCGCCUAUUCUCCUACUAUGGCCCCCAGGAAGGUGACCGAAAAGGCCAAAGCCCCCUCCUGCACAGCAGCAAACCACACCAUUUUCUCCUGGGCCACAGCCAUGGCACCAACUGGGUGGAGUACAACACGGCCGGCUGGCUGAGCUACACCAAGCAGAACCCGGCCGCCCAGAACGCCCCCCGGCUCCUGCAGGACUCCCAGAAAAAAAUCAUCAGCAACCUGUUUCUGGGCCGGGCGGGCAGCGCCACGGUGCUCUCAGGCUCCAUUGCGGGCCUGGAGGGCGGCUCGCAGUUGGCGCUGCGCCGGGCCACCAGCAUGCGGAAGACCUUCACCACAGGGAUGGCGGCCGUCAAGAAGAAGUCCCUGUGCAUCCAGAUUAGGCUGCAGGUGGACGCCCUCAUUGACACCAUCAAGAAGUCAAAGCUGCAUUUCGUGCAUUGCUUCCUGCCUGUGGCAGAGGGCUGGGCGGGGGAGCCCCGUUCUGCCCACUCCCGCAGAGUCAGCUGUAGCAGUGAGCUGGACCUGCCCCCGGGAGACCAGUGCGAGGCCGGGCUCCUGCAGCUGGACGUGCCCCUGCUCCGCGCCCAGCUUCGAGGCUCCCGCCUGCUUGAUGCCGUGCGCAUGUACCGCCAAGGUUACCCUGACCACAUGGUGUUUUCUGAGUUCCGCCGCCGCUUCGACGUCCUGGCCCCGCACCUGACCAAGAAACACGGGCGCAACUACAUUGUGGUGGAUGAAAAGCGGGCGGUGGAGGAGCUGCUGGAGUCCUUGGACCUGGAGCAGAGCAGCUGCUGCAUGGGCCUGAGCCGGGUGUUCUUCCGGGCAGGCACACUGGCGCGGCUGGAGGAGCAGCGGGAUGAACAAACCAGCAGGAACCUGACCCUGUUCCAGGCAGCCUGCAGGGGCUACCUGGCCCGUCAGCACUUCAAGAAGAAAAAGAUCCAAGACCUGGCCAUUCGCUGUGUGCAGAAGAACAUCAAGAAGAACAAAGGGGUGAAGGACUGGCCCUGGUGGAAGCUCUUCACCACGGUGCGACCCCUCAUUGAGGUACAACUGUCGGAGGAGCAGAUCCGGAACAAAGACGAAGAGAUCCAGCAGCUGAGGAGCAAGCUUGAGAAGGUGGAGAAGGAGCGGAACGAGCUGCGGCUCAGCAGUGACCGGCUGGAGACCCGGAUCUCAGAGCUGACAUCGGAGCUGACGGAUGAACGUAACACGGGAGAGUCCGCCUCCCAGCUGCUGGACGCGGAGACCGCUGAGAGGCUCCGGGCUGAGAAGGAGAUGAAGGAGCUGCAGACCCAGUAUGAUGCACUGAAGAAGAAAACGGAGGUGAUGGAAAUGGAAGUGAUGGAGGCCCGUCUCAUCCGGGCAGCUGAGAUCAACGGGGAAGUGGAGGAGGAUGACACAGGUGGCGAGUGGCGCCUAAAGUAUGAGCGAGCAGUGCGGGAGGUGGACUUCACCAAGAAGCGGCUCCAGCAGGAGUUUGAGGACAAGCUGGAGGUGGAGCAGCAGAGCAAGAGGCAGCUGGAGAGGCGGCUUGGAGACCUGCAGGCAGAUGGUGACGAGAGCCAGCGGGCCCUGCAGCAGCUCAAGAAGAAGUGCCAGCGGCUGACGGCCGAGCUGCAGGACACCAAGCUGCACCUGGAGGGCCAGCAAGUCCGCAACCACGAGCUGGAGAAGAAACAGAGGAGGUUUGACAGUGAGCUCUCGCAGGCGCAUGAGGAGGCCCAGCGGGAGAAGCUGCAGCGGGAGAAGCUGCAGCGGGAGAAGGACAUGCUCCUCGCCGAGGCUUUCAGCCUGAAGCAGCAGAUGGAGGAGAAAGACAUGGACAUUGCGGGAUUCACCCAGAAGGUUGUGUCAUUGGAGGCUGAGCUCCAGGACAUUUCUUCCCAAGAGUCCAAGGAUGAGGCCUCUUUGGCCAAGGUCAAGAAACAGCUCCGAGACCUGGAGGCCAAGGUCAAGGAUCAGGAGGAGGAGCUGGAUGAGCAGGCGGGGACCAUCCAGAUGCUGGAGCAGGCCAAGCUGCGGCUCGAGAUGGAGAUGGAGCGGAUGAGGCAGACCCAUUCCAAGGAGAUGGAGAGUCGGGAUGAGGAGGUGGAGGAGGCCCGGCAGUCGUGUCAGAAAAAGUUAAAGCAAAUGGAAGUACAGCUCGAGGAGGAGUAUGAGGACAAGCAGAAGGUGCUGCGGGAAAAGCGGGAGCUGGAGAACAAGGUGGCCACGCUCAGUGACCAGGUGAACCAGCGAGACUUUGAGUCAGAGAAGCGGCUCCGGAAAGACCUGAAGCGCACCAAGGCCCUGCUGGCAGAUGCUCAGAUCAUGCUGGACCACCUGAAGAACAGCGCGCCCAGCAAGAGGGAGAUCGCCCAGCUGAAGAACCAGCUGGAGGAGUCAGAGUUCACCUGUGCAGCAGCCGUGAAAGCGCGCAAAGCAAUGGAGGUGGAGAUCGAAGACCUGCACCUGCAGAUUGACGACAUCGCCAAAGCCAAGACGGCGCUGGAGGAGCAGCUGAGCCGCCUUCAGCGUGAGAAGAAUGAGAUGCAGAGCCGGCUGGAGGAGGAUCAGGAGGACAUGAAUGAGCUGAUGAAGAAGCACAAGGCAGCCGUGGCUCAGGCCUCCCGGGAUCUGGCUCAGAUGAAUGAUCUCCAAGCUCAGCUAGAAGAAGCCAACAAAGAGAAGCAAGAGCUACAGGAGAAGCUACAAGCCCUCCAGAGCCAAGUGGAGUUCCUGGAGCAGUCCAUGGUGGACAGGUCCCUGGUGAGCAGGCAGGAAGCUAAGAUCCGGGAGCUGGAGACACGCCUGGAGUUCGAAAGGACCCAAGUGAAGCGGCUGGAGAGCCUGGCCGGCCGGCUCAAGGAGAACAUGGAGAAGCUGACCGAGGAACGGGAUCAGCGCACGGCGGCUGAGAACCGGGAGAAGGAGCAGAACAAGCGGCUACAGCGGCAGCUCCGGGACACCAAGGAGGAGAUGGGCGAGCUUGCCAGAAAGGAGGCCGAGGCGAGCCGCAAGAAGCAUGAACUGGAGAUGGAUCUGGAGAGUCUGGAAGCUGCUAACCAGAGCCUACAGGCUGAUCUGAAACUGGCGUUCAAGCGCAUCGGGGACCUGCAGGCCGCCAUUGAGGACGAGAUGGAGAGCGAUGAGAACGAGGGCCUCAUCAACAGCGAGGGGGACUCAGAUGUGGACUCAGAGCUGGAGGACCGGGUCGACGGGGUCAAGUCAUGGUUGUCCAAAAACAAGGGGCCUUCCAAGGCGGCUUCCGACGAUGGCAGCUUGAAGAGUUCUAGCCCUGCUGAGUGCCCUGCUCCCCUAGCACGGGAAGUCAGCUGAUGGGCCAUGGGAGGAGGUUUGGAAAGCAGAGAGGGCCAGGCCCUUCUGAGCCCGGUACCAGUACCUGAAGAGGGAGACGUGGGCCUAGGCAGGCCAUCCCACACCGACCAGCAACUGGUGGAUUUCAGACCCUAGUGACUCAGCCCGUCAUCACCCUUGACCCAGCAAGAACAAGAACACAGAAAGCCUGUUUCUUCCCUCAGCCACCAGCACAGUUCUUGUCCACCAGGAAAACAGGAGUAGUCCUGAAACCCUACACACCGCCACCUCCAACAAGGAUUGGAUUCACUGCGGCCAGAGUGGGCACCAAGCCAGAAGCUAGCCACCCAGUACAGAGCUGGCAGAGAAGGUCCAGGGGAGGGAGGACCUAGUUGGACUCAGCGUGAACUGGCUUUGGGUGAAUAAACUGCCAAGAGUGGGGGCAGUUUAGCUUCCCGCCCGGUGAUGGGGCUCUGCAAGAAUGCAGAACACUGAAAGCAUCCAUAGCAAAGGCAAGGGGAGGGGGCUGCUCGCCCAGUGGGAAUUAGCUUAUGCACCAAAUGGUUUGUGACAGUGUUGAGCAGGAGACACUGGCUUGUGAGGAGGAAAGCUUUUGAAACAAUGUGGUUAAAAUGUUCAAACUGCAGCCCUGACUCUUGCCCCAGGGAAGGGGGCCAGCUGCCUGCUGUUGACUCUCUGACAGCUGUGCCUGUAGAAGCCGCAAAGGAAACUGGCUAAAAGAGCACCCAGGGUGGGAGCAGGCGUGUCUCGUGGCUGCACAGAGCAGGGGAGAAAGGCCUGGCAUUUAGCGCUCCCGGCUGCCUCUGCCACUGCACCCAGCAUCUGGACGGAACAGCGUUGAAACCCAGCUGUCGUUCACCCAGGUGUCCGCCUGGCCGGCACAGGGAUAUGGAAGUGGGGUCUGCAGCUCCGCUCUGAGGAGAGGUGUGAGGAUGGAAAGGAGCACCCCAUUUGCAUCUGGGUCCCAGCCCUGGCACCUACCUCACCACCCCCCCUCCCCACAAAAUUACCCCACUGUCUUUCCACAGAGCCAUUCCUUCCUUUGCCCAACAGCAGACCUUAGCAUUGGGUGCCCAGAAGUUCUGUCUAAAAAAAUGAAAAUAAAAUCAGGCUCCCGCUAAUUCACAAUUCAAACAAUCCAAAAGCUAAAAUAACCCCAGUUUUUUCUAUGUUGCACAGUCAUCAUUGAGCUUUAUAAUUCUGUCCCUGAGACGUCCCAGAGUCCUUAAGUGCCUUUGGCCCAUCAAAGUAAAACUCAUUUAUGUUCA